GGACAGGAGAAGUGGGACUGUGCAGAGUCCAUACAUACAGAAUGGGGACAGAUACCGAGAAUGACACCCGGCAUCCGGGACAGGAGGAGUGGAACUGUGCAGAGUCCAUACAUACAGAAUGGGGACAGAUACCGAGAAUGACACCCGGCAUCCGGGACAGAAGUGGGACUGUGCAUGGUCCAGGACUAGUCAUUGAGGGCAGUGAUGGAGGUCACUCACCUUGGUGUCUGUAUCUGGGGCAGUCUGAUUUGCUCUCGGUGUGUCUGUAUAUAUAUAUAUAUUAUAAACACUGAACUGGAAUUCUUCCUGCGGAGCUCAUAGAUAAUAAAGAAGGACUCCGCCAUGAACUGUGUCAGGCUUUACUGCCACACACUGAUAAAGCAGAGAGGG